AUAGUGCAUAUAUGUUUGUUUACACACACAAGCUCUCAAUGGGAUUUCCUUGAUGCUGGUGAAGGGCUCUUGAUCUACGGAAUUGGAUCUGUGCUCCAGUUCCCUGAAUUAAGACCUGAAUGCCUUCCAUAACCCCCCUUCCUAACCCACAGGCACUAUAUACUCCCUGCGGGUUUAACGCUCCCAAUAAUAAAUUAGCAAAGCUGAGCAUGAGGCAGCUGUAUAGCCCUUGUGGCUUAGCGCUUCUUUUUGAUUAUAGUAAUAAUGAGCAUGAGGCAGCAGGACAACAGUGCUCAACCAGCUCUUGUUCAGGUAGCACCGUUCUUACAUCUCCUUUAUUACAGGUGUUUCUUUCAAGUACGCAACUUCCAUCUUUCACUCAGUCACACAUAUUAAGCCACAACAUGACGGAACAAGAUGUGGGCGUGAAGAGCAGUGUGGGAGUAGAUGAGGUAGUGGACUCUUGGGAGGUGAGAGCAGAGGAGUUGUUUACACUGUGUGACCAAGAGUGUAAGGGUUUCAUCACUAAGAGAGAUCUACAGCGUCUAUGGGGAGAACUUCCGCUGGAUCCGGACGAGUUGGAACGCGUGUUCGAUUUCCUGGACCAGGACCACAACGGCUUCCUCUCUCUCCGAGAGUUUACCGAUGGCUUCGGUUCACACUUGGGUCUGGUGGUGGAGUUCUGUGCCGAGGUGACCUCCAGCAGCGGGUCAGUUGGUGAAGCCAAGGAGCGGCACCUGGACGCAAGCAGCAACAGCACCAACUACCUGGACGUAAACAGCAGCAGCAGCACCAGCCACCUGGACGUAAACAGCAGCAGCAGUAGCACCAGCCACCUGGACGCCAUACUCAAGACUCUCUCCGCACACCCCCUCCACUCUGACCUGGCGGUGGAGUCUGUAUGGGAAGCCGUGUGUGGCGGGUCAGAAGACAUCAUGGAGGAGAGUAAACUGGAGCAGCUGGUGGCUGCGUUGCUUCACCGACUGUGGCAGCUUAAGGCUGAACACGCACAGCUGGAGGCUGUCCUGGCUACUAAAACUGAACAGUACAAUCAGCAGGUGUCCCAGCUGUACGAGGAGCUGGAGACACACAUGAGCGGGGAGCAGAAGACAGCAGCUGUGGAACACAGGAACAUGGACUCGCAGGCUCUGGCUCAGCUGGAGCAGCAGGUGAAAGAGAGUGAGAUGGUCCUGCGAUCCAUGGAGGAGCAGCAGCAGUCACUGCAGCAACAACUGGCCCACAUAACCGCUACUGAAACAGCAACACGGCAAGACAACACCUACCUCUCUAAGCAUGUGGAGCGUCUAGAAGAGGAUUUAGCCAGGAAAGACGCAGAGUUGCUCCAGUUGACCACAGCUCUGGAGUCACUCAAGAAAAACACCAAGAAUGAGAAGAUACGACGGGCUCGACAAGCUUUUAAUGUAAGGUUUAAUUAUUGGACUCCUGGUGAUGGACGAGGUGGUGAGUGUGAGCAUGAUGAAGAGUACUUCAAGAAUGUCAGUGUUGAAGUUGACCCAGCAUCAGUGAUGACCCCGCUGACUGUCCCAACAGAGACGAGUCUUCUGCAUGAACUGCUGCGCUACCCGCCUCUCUGUGCUCACUGCCAACGACGACUCUCUAAUGACUUAUUAGAUACUCCAAGUAUGCUGCAGCCUCUUUUCAUUCAUAAUAUUGGGGGAAGGGGUGCCAAAGUAUCGGUUUCAUUGGUAUUUAUACUACAAGGCAUUUUUAAUCAAUAUGAUGUAUUACAAUUUAGUACUAUGGUGAUAUCUCCAAGCACAGCAGCACAAGCUCUUCAUUCAUCAUCACUGGAAGAAUCUUCUUCUGAAUUACUGUAUGAUGCAUCACUAGCAGAAAGUGUGGCCAUACAACAGUGUGGAGAGGUAUUUGUAGGCCUUUCAUCUGAUAAAACUGCCAAUGGUAUUCCCAGUGACAUUAACCAAGCCAGACAUUUCUUGUGGAACAGUGUCAGGAAGCAGUGUCCCAUCAUGCCUCGGUACUCAACCACCAUCAUAUACCACCCAGCCUACCACACUACCAUACAACUACUUCCUGUGUAUUACACUCAAUACACCCACCACACAUGCCACAUCUACCACACGUAUCAUACUUUCAUCCUUCAAAGUCGGGACAUAAAAACCAAAGCUACAAUAAAUGUAGAACCAGUUACUACAUCCAGAGGAAUUCAGGAAAGCCAUCUUGAUCAACACCAGAUCUCUCAGACUCUGCUUCAACAAGACAAUCUACAAGGUACAAAAUACUGCACAUCAGAGUCUGUAACACAUGACAUAAGUAGACUGCAAGAGAGCCAGAGUAAUCUUCUACAGGAUGAUACACAUAAUGUGUGUGUUAACCAUAAAAAUCCGUGCAAGAAGGAAGUACCCACUGCACCUGUAAACCAAUCUUUAGGGGAAGGAGCCUUGAACAUGCCAACCCUAAUUAAUAAUAGUACAUGUAAGUCACAGAUGGAUCCUGAUGCAGCAUCAAAACAAAUAGUUGAGAUUGUAGACAAGGGCAGAAGAGAAAUGUCACAAAAAAAUUCAAUAAAUGAUUCAUCAAUGGUAGUACCUCCACUGCUGCAUCCCUACCCUCAAAGAGACAAAAUGUCAAAGUUGAAUGUUGAAGAAAAUAAAGGGUGCAGGAACAAAUAUGAGAAGAAAGUUGAGCCACAAGCAUCUAGCAAUACUUUAGCAGGAACACCCCUUGUGUACUGCCCCUCCAGGAUGUUCAAGGUGGUGUUCAUUGGAGACAGUGGAGUAGGGAAGACCACAUUUAUCCACAGGGCCUACAGGGGAGAGUUUCGUGGUGACUUUGGUUCCACAGUAGGGGUGGAUUACCAGACACUGGAGAUGCAAAUGCAUGGAGUAUUGGCAGUGCUUCAGCUGUGGGAUACCGCUGGCCAAGAACGUUUUCGUUCCAUCACUAGACAGUACUACAGGAAAGCUGAUAGUGUGGUGGUGAUGUACGAUAUCACCAGUGAGCAGUCAUUUUUGAAUGUGGUGGACUGGAUAACCUCAGUGAAGGAGACUGCUGGGGAUGAGGUGAUGAUUGUCAUGCUUGGGAAUAAAGUUGAUCUGCAGGAACACCGGUGUAUUAGUCAAGGCAUGGUUGACAAACUGGCCAAGGUCAACAACUGCCUCACAUUUGAAUGCAGUGCAGCAACAGGGAGUGGAGUGCAGGAUGUCAUGAUGCAUAUAGCAACUUUGCUCACCACCCAACAAGUGCGUAAUACUCCACUUGAAACUUCACUCAUGCUACAAGACUCAUUCGACAAAAGAAUAUGCUGCAAGUAAAUUGCCUACAAUUAAUCGUC